GGAUUUCAUGUCCGCCACGGACACCAGUGAAAAACAAAAAUUAUUUGAAAAAAGUUCAGCGCACUGUCUUGUGGGGUUCAGAUGACCCCACUCCCAACGUCAAUAUACCAAGAAUAGGACAAAUAAUUUUGAAAUGGCUUUCUUUUGAUGGAUUUGUUGUGAUUAUAAUCCUGGUCUUUAUCUUUUUUUGCAAAAAACUGAGAAGUAAAUGGUGAUUUCUAGUAUUUUAAUUUUCUAAAGAUCCUGCGUUUGUAGGUUUUAUGAGCUUUAACCCCAAUUUAUGUAAAAAUAAACAAAUACUUGAAAUCAAUUAAAACGUAAGCCCUCAAGUAAAAGUUCCAUUUCAUUGCGAAAAUUAAUACAUUUUUUGACGAUAUUCUAUUUUUAUUUCUUUAGUUUUUUUUUCAAUCAAAUAAUCUAUUGGUUCCCUUUAAUAUUUUAUUUUUUUGUUUUAUUUGCUUGAAAUAAAUCUAUUUCAAUCCAUUCAAUUUCACGUUAAUGUGUUGAAUUUCUGAUGAAAAACGUUUAGUACAAAAUCCCAGCUUGGUUAAACUGAAUUAGAGUAACCACAAGAAGUGGGGUUGCCAUCCCAUGCCCCCCCACCAUGGCGAUCAUCUGCAUGCGCUCGUGCCCUUCCACCUGCUGAUGAUGCUCACGCUGCGCUGCCGCAGGAGGCGCGCGGACGUCACUCCGUCGCAACGCGGAAGGAGGAAAGAGGCUCCACGUCACGUAGGUGUACUUGCGUCUGUGCAACACCAGGUGCUACCUCAGUACUGUGCCUCAGUACACCCUCAUGUCGGUUUUUAAGAACUUCUCCGAGUUCGCGGUGAACAGACUUUGAAGGCUUUUUUUGCACUGAAGCUUCUCCUCGGCAGAGACACCCUUUAAAGAGUGCCUGAUUCUACAUCUCGAUGGGGGAAUCAGGCUCACGCCGUUCCACUCUUGUGUCCCGCCUGCCAAUCUUCCGCCGCAGCAACAGUAAAAGGCAAGAGUCUCUCCCGUCUUCUCCAUCUUCAGGCGGUGUUGGAAAUGGCGUCCACACGUCCUCGCCCUCCAGCACCAACUCCAGUUCUGGCAGCACUGGGAAACGCAGGAGCCUUUUCCGUACGCCGUCUCUCGGUUUCACCUCUAAGCGGAACAAUGAUCCACCUGUCCAACCCAUCAACCUGAACCUUCCACAGCCGCAGACACAGACUACUGACGCAAAUGGAAAUAACCAGCCGACAGUAACGCCAUCAGCGUCAACACGGUUUAACGACGGCGGUGGGCGCCCUAAGUCCCGCCAUUCAUUUGGAUUUGGCAGCCACAAGCAAAAGAAAAUCCCCCGUUCUCAGACUGAAGACUUUGAUAAAGCUUCUUCAUCAUCCUCCUCAGCCAAUCGCAAUGUUUUCAUCAACUGCAUCAGCAGCUCAGGGACCAACGAAGGCGACGACUCUGGGUUCCUGGACGACUACAGUGGGGGCAGCAAUAACAACCGUCGAUCCUCUCGCCAGAAAAAACAACUUCUACCAAAGUCUUUCUCAGCCCACCAUCGCUUCUCCCGCACAUCUGAUCACCACAGACCACCUGAAGUCAAUCUAGAACCGUCGAGCUCCACCACCGUGGCUCCAGGGACAGGAGGGCUGACUCCAGGGUCGUGGCCUGGUGAACUGAUUGGUCCGGGUGGUGAGAGCUCUCUACAGUCUCCAAUGAUAUCAGAAGAUCGAACGACAGCUAUCACCCCGUCAGAGUUCGUUCCUGCCACAGAAGACUCUGUAUCCGAGGUGGACGCACUGCCUGCUCCCAGCCCUGGAUCUGCUGUAACCUCUGUUCCAGAUUGUGAGCCUGCACUGCCCGCUGACCCCGCUUCACCAGAACCCCCGCCUGCUCAAGAGAACAUCAGUGCAGCUGUCACUACCUCACAGGUUUUCUUCAGUCCAGUCCAGUCCAGCACUGAGAAACCAUUGCUCCCAGACACCAGCACAGCCAACAACACAGACUAUGACACCGCCGUUUCCCUCUCAGAGCCAGAAACAGCAGUGCCCUGCCUCCCUCUGCAGGAGCAGUCACAGGAGGAGCGAGAGGAGAGGGAAGAGGAAAGGCAGGAGGCACAGAAAGAGGAGCUCACAGAGAACAAGAGCGAUUUGGUGAAUGAGAGAAAGCCUUGCCUUCUCAGCGAGACCACAAGUGAAAGCGAGGCAAAUGUGGCACGCAGUGAGGGGUGCCACUCUAACCCGGAGAGACCUGAAAGGAGAGCCAGAACCUCACAUUCUUUUCAAGAGAGGGGAAGCUUUUGUGGCUGCCAUGAACCCAGAGCCUCUCACUUGAGGAAACCGCACGCAGCUUCUUUGUGUAGCAGUGCCAGCCCAUACCACGAGGUGAUGCGAAUGGAAAGGCGUUUGCGCUCCUCAUCUGAGGGGGCUGGUGGGCCGCGUAUCCAUGGAAACCAAAGCGAUGCUCCGGGCAUGGAGGGAUGCGGUUUACUCAAACACAGAAACAACUCCUCAUCGUCUAAAAUGGGAAGUCUGGAUGUUCUGAACAACCUGGGUUCAUCAGAACUGGAUGAGGAUGAUCUCAUGUUAGACCUUGAUUACUCUGACGAUCAGAGACAUCGCCAUGUAUCUAGAGAAGACUCCAGCCAGUCCCUGACCUCUUGUCUCAACCUUCUGCCAUCUCCCAUGGAUGCAUCGGGGGACCGAAUUCCAGGCAAAGAAGGCAAUCAAAGGGAACCCAGCCGACCAACCAGUCUGCUGCCUGCUGAGUGGAGCAUGGGGCUUGGUCUCAGUAAAGAAGAGGAACUCUUACCGUCAGGACUGGAGGCCCUUCCAUUCAGACUAAUGCAACAGGACUGCACUGCUGUCAAGACCCUGCUUUUAAGACUCCGACGGACACUCCAGGAGAGCACCGAGACGAGUCCUGCCAGCAGCCUUCAGUCUUUACCAAUCAGCCCAUGCAGUGAAAAAUCACUCCCGUUUAAGGAUCUCAACAGAGAGGAGGUCUUGCUGCAACAACUGAGGGAGAAAGAUGAGCUGAUUAUCAGACUGCAGAAUGAACUGGAGAGUGCCAAAGCCGCCCUGAAGAUGAAAGACUGCCAAAUGACUGAUCGCACAACGCAGACAGAACACAUGGGACCAGAGCUCAGCCAUCCAGGGCGGUGGUCAGGUCUAGGCAACAGCAGCAGCCUGGCUCCAAGGGACCGAAGAGUGGUACGAGCUGUGGGGCCAGCACUCGGAGGGGACCUCGCUAACCAGCACCACCUGUGUCACUACACGCCGCUGCAUGGGCGACCUACUGCCUCCGAGAGGCACACUGCCAGAGAAGAGCGCCACAGCCAACCAGCCCUGACACAGUCUGCAGUCCGCAACCCUGUCCUGAAUUUUGCUCCCGGUCCCUCCAAACUGUCCACUGCCCAAGCAUCCCCCACGACAUCACCUCAGCUUCAAGCUUUCCAAUCCAGCCCAAACCAGCUCCCCGAGUCUAACAACACUGCUCCACCUCUAUGCUCUAAGCAGCCUGAAGCCGUGUCCUCCUCCUCUGAAUCCUUAACCCCAGAAAAAGGACCAGGAGGAUCGAAUGUGUCCGGUGUUAGGAGAGGAGGUGGAGAUCACCUUCCACCAAGCCAUAUUCCACGAUCAGUUGGAGCCAGCACCUCUUCAAGCCUCCAUAGUCUCACCAGUAAGGGUAGUCCUUCCCAAUCCCAGAGCACACUGUCAACGGACCAAGUGUCCAUCUCAACUUCUAAUCCUUCCUCGGCAGCGUCAUCUUCCUCAUUCACAGGGCGUUUAGGACAACCCCCCAGAGGUCCUUUGUCUCUGCACAGCUACAGCCGUAAAAAUGUCUUCCUCCAACAUUCCCUUCAUACAGCAGAAUUACAAGCUCUGACACAGAGAGACAGUUGAAGGUACACACAUGUAUUAUAAAUUAAUGACAUUUGAACUUGAGGAAAACUGUUGUUUUAUGCUUCCUCUUCAAUCCUAUAAGAAAAAGGAAAGAAAAAACAAAAACAAUGUAGAUCUGCCCCUUACCAUCACAUUUUGUAGCCCUGACCAGCUUUCAGCUUACUUUUUUCAAACAUUCACUCGGUUUAGCACACACACACACACUUCUGGCUGUGAGAAUGAAAAAAGGCAAUCACUCGUCUAUCACAGCUCCCACGUUGUGUCAUGCUGACAGUUCAGAUGAGCUUACGCCCACACACACACACAAAGUGCACACAGACUUGCAAGCACUUAUCUGUGCACAGAAACACAAAUGAAGCCGUGCACACUCAGCACCGCAUCAUCUGUAAUAUCUCUGCUUUACCAUCUGCACAAAUAACACGGUGUUAAAACUCAAUGAACAGAUGAGGUGUAUGCAUGUUAAAAAAAUCAUUUUUUACCCAUUUGAUCAUUUUAACAAUGAGCCCAGAGAGCUUAAUUUGCGCCUGCGGUAAUAUGUUAUCCUUUCAACAGUCCUGCUUUAGAUCAAAUCCAGAUUAGGAGAUUCUCUGCUGUCCUCUUUUCAUUUGUGUUGUUGGGAAAGAUUUGGGAAACAAAACACACGAACACUAAAAAAAAGCCCUCCUAUUUAGCUCUCAGUUUGGAAAAUGAAGUAGAUUAAAAAUAUAAAAAAACAGUCAUGUGCAACAAUUGGUACAGUUUUUUUUAAUCUGAUUUAUAUUUCUAAACAUGAAAAAAAGGAAUUUGGCUGUAGUAAAAGUUAAGAUAAGACGAGCAUAAAGAAACGUAAACAUAUAUAUUUCUACGGUCUGAUUUUUUUAAUUAGAAAAAAAAUAAGUGUUAAAUGGACCUUUUUAAAAUCAGAAAUUGAAUGUAUAAAAAUCAAGAGUAUACAAAGAGUAAAUUUUUUUCUUUUUUUGCCAUUUCCUUCACACUUUUGAUGGUGCGAUCCAUUGUUCUAUUGCUAAAUUUGAAACCUUUAUUUAGCAGUCAGAAGGCCUCACACUAACAAUUGAAAAUAUUCUAGACCUGAAGAGGUUCAUGGUUGACUCAGUGACUAAAAGGAGCCCAG